AUGUUCGUCUGCGCCAGUCGGAGCUAUCGGAGGAACGCGCCUAUCGGAGCUUGCAGCCAUGUACAUGAGCAGAGGCGAUACCCCUUGCGUCAUUCGUAUAGGAUCAAAGGUAUCACGCGCGAUACGACUAAGCCAGCGGCACGAGCACUGGCAGCGCGCGGCGUGCAGGUCGUGAGGGGCGACUUCAGCGAACAAGACUCUCUCGCCGUAGCGGUAGAAGGCGCUGACUCCGUGGUCAUCAUUACCGUGCCCGUCUUUGCUGCCGACGGUCGAGAACAAGAGACUGUUCAUGGCAAAGCUAUCGCAGACGCUGCGGUCACGGCUGGCGCGCAGCAGAUCAUCUUUAGCUCGCUUGUCUCACCAGCCAGACUGACAGACGGUAGACUGACAAACGCGACAUCAUGCGAAGCCAAAGCAGACAUACAAGACUAUAUCGCCGCUCUGUCCGUCGAAUCCUCAUUCUUCAUACCUGGCGGAUUCAUGCAGAACUUUCUCGGCCCCCUUCAGCCCAGGCCAACAGUGGAUGGCACAUUCGUCCUUUGCCAUCUUUACAUACCAGAUGACCCCAAGCCACUGAUUGACAUUGUCGGCGACACGGGCAAGUUCGUUGCUGCAAUGCUGGCGGAUCCCAUCAAAUAUGACAAGACCCGUCUGGUGCAUAGCAACUCCUCAGAGGUGAUCUACCAACAAGUCUCUGCUUCCGAGUUCCUCUCACACUUUCCGCCCACUGCCCAGGCUUGUAUCGCGGACAUGUUCCAAUGGUUCAAAGACGGCCAAAGCUACUAUGGGCAGGAUUCGGAUGCUAAGAUCAAAUGGGCAGUCGAGAACGCCCGAGGCCCUGUGACUGAGCUCGAGGACUUUCUGAAGCGUACCCUCAUACCUUCACUUCAAUGACUGAGCGUUAGCGAUCGGUAAGGAUUUGUGUGCUUGAGCAAGCGCGCCCCUACAUUUAAUGCAUUCGCGCUGUC